AACGAGCAAUAUGGUGGCUGCAACCUCCGUCAGAUGACCAUCAUGGAGGCCUUGGAGUUGCUGGACAAUGUGGUGGAUGAAUCGGACCCCGAUGUGGACUUCCCCAACUCCUACCAUGCCUACCAGACAGCAGAGGGCAUUCGGGAGAAACAUCCUGAGAAAGAUUGGUUCCACCUGGUUGGACUGCUCCAUGAUUUGGGGAAGAUUCUGGCCCUGUCUGGUGAACCACAGUGGUCUGUGGUGGGAGAUACCUUCCCGGUGGGCUGCCAGCUGCAGGACUCCAUCGUUUUCAAGGACUCCACGUUCCAUGACAAUCCAGACACUAGGAAUCCUCUGUACAC